UCCAGACCAAGGAAGUCGAUGGUGUGCGUAUUUUGUGUACAACUCAUGGAUGUAUAAUAAGACCAUCAAUGAUACAACUAACGCCGAGAGCAAAUGAACCGCCGUUUAAUCGUUAGUUUAGUCUGAGUUUCAGCUUAGAGUCACAUUAAUGCGACAGAGAGCUAGCAGCUAGCAAACUUAGCUCACGUACGAGCUGUAAAAGUUGGGUAACUGAGCUGAAUUUCCUCGGUAGUGUUGCGGAUUCCCAGCUGUCAUGUUGACCGUCUUACCGGAUAUACAUGGGAGGCAGCGUCACUAGAGGAUGGAGGAUAUAACUUGGACUCAUCAUGGUUGCUGUGACGGUGUGGCGUUACACCAGCGGCCGUGUUCUCGGGGGAUGGGGCCCGCUGCUGUGUGUCCUCCUCGGCUCUCUGGUGGCCCUCCUGUUGCCCCUGGUGGGGGUGGAGGACCAGUGCUGCGCCGCCCGGAAGGGCAUCGCCCACCUUCGCUGCCAGCUGUGGGGAAGCUCUCAGCCGCCUCCAGCUGUGCAGUCCACCAGCCUCACGGUCCCCUUUACCGCGCUUGAUCUGUUGCCCCAGAAGGCCAAGCCGAGCAAAGAGAUGGAGCUGGAGGCCAAAGCAGCGCUGCUGCAAGCUCUGGAGAUGAAGAAACUGGGGAAGAGGGAGAAAGCUCACAAGCUACUGGUGCAUGCACUCAGUGUGAAUCCAGACUUUGUGGACGCCCUAACGGAGCUGGGGACCAUUCUGGAGGAGGAGAAGGAUGUCGUCCAGGCAGACCACCUCUACACCAAAGCCUUGGCCAUCUCGCCAUGUAAUGAGAGGGCUCUGGUCAGCCGAGACCGAACUCUUCCCUUGGUGGAAGAGAUUGACCAGCGUUACUUUGGCAUCAUUGAUAGUAAAGUGCGCCGGCUCAUGUCCAUUCCUAAAGGCAACUCUGCACUCCGCAGAGUGAUGGAGGAAACCUACUACCACCACAUCUACCACACGGUGGCCAUUGAAGGCAGCACGCUCACUCUCUCCGAGAUCCGUCACAUCAUCGAGACGCGUUACGCCGUCCCCGGGAAGAGCCUGCAGGAGCAGAAUGAGGCUAUCGGCGUGGACGCAGCCAUGAAGUACAUCAACACCACGCUGUUGUCCAGAACAGGAGGCAUGACUGUUAGUGACAUCCUGGAGAUUCACCGGCGGGUGCUCGGCUACGUAGACCCCGUGGAGGGAGGGAGGCUGCGUACCAGCCAGGUGUUUGUGGGCCACCACAUUCCCCCCCACCCUCAGGACCUGCAGAGACACAUGCAGGAGCUUGUUCAGUGGCUCAACUCCGAGGAGGCCCUGCAGCUGCACCCUGUGGAGUACGCAGCUCUCGCCCACUACAAACUGGUGUACGUGCACCCAUUUGUAGAUGGCAACGGACGCACAUCACGGCUACUCAUGAACCUCGUGCUCAUGCAAGCGCGAUACCCACCUGUCACCAUCCGCAAAGAACAGAGGGCAGAGUAUUAUGCAGCUCUAGACACAGCCAAUGAGGGUGAUGUGCGGCCCUUCAUUCGCUUUAUAGCCAGAUGUACAGAGAUGACAUUGGACACAUUGUUGAUUUCUACAACAGAGCAUGCUGUGGGGCUGCCGGCAGCCGGCCAGGACCAGGCCUGUCCCGAAUGCAAGCAGACCAUCCCGAUCCGCAACUGAGCUGGAAACGGGAGGAGAAAGGGAGCAUGCAGGGAGAGCUUUUGAUUCAUUUAAAAGCUCUUGAAUAAAAAUCAUAGAUUUGGGUUGAAUUGCCUUGACCCAUGUCUGUUUCCUACUUUACCAGCCCUUUAAUUCAGUUUGGGCCUUUUACCUGCUGAAUUCAUUGAAACUGCGGCAGGAUGUUGAAUUGAAAUCAGAUGUUGCUGUGUUUAGUACGGAAGCCCUAAGCUGCCAUCCAUUUUUGUACUCCUGAUCUCGAGAUAACAGUGGUUUAAUGGUGAUUUCACUAUGUGUAUUAGUGUCGCUGGUCACUACUCAGUUGGUGGAGCAUAGGACUCGUACUCUUGGAGUUGUGGGUUUGAGCCUCACGGACAAGCAACUUUUUUAUUUUUUUUUUAUCUUUUUCAUAAUCCUCUAACAAAGUUCUUAUGGCGAUUGGGCCACAUCCAUCAACCUCUGGCGUUCUCAUUUCCCCGUCAUUCCCAUGCAGAGGAAAUUCUUGUGCUUCUCAGUCAGGGGAAUCCAUUUAAUGUUACACAUUUCCUGACGGCUAUUUUGGAACCUUUGAAAUAGCCGUCGGGAAAUGUGUGACUGGAUUCCCCUGAAUCUCCUCAUAACAACUUUGAAGGGGAUACUAAAAACACACAAAAGACAAAAAAAAGUUGCUGAAAGCAGGAGUAAAACCCACAAUCCUUUGAUUAUAAGUCCUGUACUCUACCAACUGAGCUAACCAGUGGCACUGUAAGGUGCCCUGAAAUUAUUCUUUCGAAACACACAGGACGGCCCCUCUCUUCGGCUGUGGUUUAUCUCGAGAUCACAAGAAAAUUAUCACAGAAAACUGAGUAAAAGAAAUAUUUGAAUGGAUGGCAGAUGUGUAGUGUUUGUGUAGGAUAAAGAUGAUGUCUCAUAACACUGUAAAGCACUUUCGUGUAUUUAUUUAUUUUAUUUUAAAAUAAAAGUGUUCCAUUAACUUUC